AUUCAGACUCAGCUCCUGGAAGCAUCAUGAAGUCUCUGGGUGUCUUCCUCCCUAUGGGGCUCCUCGCCUUCUGGACAGCGCUGCUAUCUACAUGUAGUCCUGCCUUACAAGACCCACCAUUGAAAGUGAAGCCAGGGACCUGCCCAGAGAUUACCAAGACGUGCAAGAUGGAGAACCCACCCAAUCUUUGUCACCACGACAGCCAGUGCCCCGGGGCUCAGAAGUGCUGUGCCACCAGCUGUGGGCUGGGUUGUGUUCCAGUUCAUGACGUGAAACCUGGGAUUUGUCCAGAGAUCGAGACGCGGUGUCUAAUGCUAAACCCAAAGAACGAUUGUGAUACGGACAGCGAGUGCUCAGGCAGCAUGAAGUGCUGCACAUCCUUCUGUGGGAGGAAGUGCCUUGAUCCCAGAGAUGAGAAACCUGGUACCUGCCCACCAAUCAAUAAGAAGUGUCACUCCUUAAACCCUCCUAACAGUUGUACACAGGACAAUGACUGUUCAGCGAGCAUGAAGUGUUGCUACACAGGCUGUGGGCUGCACUGCGUUGAGCCCUGCAAUGUGACUCAUCCUAGUUCAUCAACAGGUCAAGAGCACCCUCAGAAGCCCACAGACUGCGGAUCCCUGCAGCCUCACAGAACUGAAUCACCCCCAAGCCAUACCCAGAAACCACCCCAUAUCCCUCCAGCUUGAGAUCAUAACACUGGGAGCAGGAGAGAGUUUUUCUCAUUCUCCACGUAUCUCUUGUAUCAUCAUGCAGUACCUUUCUGGAAGAAUACCUUUGUCAGUUCAGAAUUGUCUAGGCAGCUCAGAGACACCACAGUGAGUGCCAUGCUAUGUGACCCUGGGCUUUUUAUCAGUGAUGUUUCUAUGAAUGACCCAGAGGAGAAAGAGGUGGUCCUGGUGUGGAUCUCAGUGUACGGAACCAUACGAUUCUUUCCUGGUGCCCUCAUCAACUCAUAGUCAAUGGGGUUUCAUUAGAUCUGUUUAAUUGUGUCACAAAUAAAGGAUUUACUUUCA